AUGUCAAGACCAGGUGGCAACACUGCGCCCUCGCUAAUGUAUCACACCAUCAAGCACGUGCUGGGAGCCGGAAGUUACUCGUCCUCCCGGAGAGCAAAGGAGGGCAAGGGCUUCUCAGCGCAGCUAGCUCGACAUAAUUUGGCACGACCCACCUAUCCCUCGCAGAUGAGUGAGCAUCAUACUAAAACUCGCAAAGCAUGUCUCAUGACCUUCGCUGUAGUGCUCCCCAAUAGUAAUAGUACGGGAAAAUACCAGCCUGCUAUAUGCCUUGGUAUUAGUAUGGUAUUUAGUAUCGGCCCCCGCGAAUCCAGUGGUAGCAGGUAUUACCAAGUACUAGGCCUGGUAUACCAAAAAUACCGCAGCUUUUCCGCCACCCGUCCUUUCCUGAGCUGCUUUCUGAGUGGCGGUCCCGCCAGGAGGACUCUACCCUUGAGGUACAUGCGGAUAUGCACUGACGCUGCUUCUGCAUCUGUGACCACGAACGGCACUCCUUUGUCGCAACCACAUACGACUUUAGUGGCGGACUGGGUGGCAACGGAAGCAAAAAUUGCUCCUCAUUCCUCACUGGAUCUCACCCCUGCUCUUCUUACGCAUCCCGCCAGGCCUCUUCCAGGCCAACCCCAACGUCCGGGCUCGAGGGAUACCAGGCGCCUCCGAUGUCUGACAUCUGCCGUCUCUCCGGCAGCACGCUCUCGAGCUCUGUGCCGGACGAGUGGCGCUACGACAGUGUCCCUUCCAUUGCCAGUACGUGCGGUAAAGACGAUGCAGGCAAACCGAGGCCCGUUCCGUCAACCGAUGAGCCCCAGCCCCGAGACGGCGCUGGAAAGGUUCUCAGAGGUCUCUGCCCCGACUUCUCAGUUUGCGACGGAUUACUGGCGCCCACGAUCAAUGACUUGA